CGCCACCAACGCGACCCAGUGCGCAGGCGCGGGAAAGUGGCACUAAUAAAGAAAAGUUUAUACAAGUGGUGGAAGAGGCGGCGGCGGCGGGGCCCGGGACCAGGUGCCCCCAUGGCAGGCUCGGAAGAGCUGGGGCUCCGGGAGGACACGCUGAGGGUCCUAGCUGCCUUCCUUAGGCGAGGUGAGGCUGCCGGGCCCCUUGGUCCAACUCCGCCCAGGAUCCCUGCCCAGCAGGAGCCGACAGACUUCCUGAGCCGCCUUCGAAGAUGUCUUCCCUGCUCCCUGGGGCGAGCAGCAGUUCCCCCCGAGUCCCCGCGGCCUUGCUCCUUGCCCCUCCACCCCUGCUAUGGUUCAGAGCCUGGCCCAGCUACUCCAGACUUCUAUGCCCUGGUAGCCCAGCGGCUGGAACAGCUAGUCCAAGAGCAACUGAGAUCCCCACCUAGCCCAGAGUUACAGGGCCCUCCACCCACAGAGAAGGAAGCCCUGCUGCGGAGGCUGGUGGCCCUGCUGGAGGAGGAGGCAGAAGUCGUCAACCAGAAGCUGGCCUCGGACCCCGCCCUGCGCGGAAAGCUGGCGCGCCUCUCCGCCGGCUCCUUCGCCCGCCUGGUGGAGCUGUUCUCCAGCCGCGAGGGCAACCCUCGCCCCGGCCGCGCACGCCCCUUGACGCCGUGCCCCGGGCCCCCGCCGCCUUCCCCGGAGCCCCUGGCCCGCCUGGCCCUGGCCAUGGAGCUGAGCCGGCGCGUGGCCAGGUUGGGGGGCACCCUAGCUGGACUCAGCGUGGAGCACGUGCACAGCUUCGCGCCCUGGAUCCAGGCCCACGGGGGCUGGGAGGGCAUCCUGGCCGUUUCACCCGUGGACUUGACCUUGCCCCUGGACUGAGAUCUCCCUGAGAAGCUGCUACAAGACUGGACCUCAUGUCUCUCUCUCUGUGUGCUUUCCCCAAGCCUUCCUAUUCCACUCGGGGCUGUGGGGUGGUGGCUGCUCUCCCUGUUUUUGCCAAAAAGAAAUUGUUUAAAAUUUUUUCAUAUUAAAAACUUUUUCAAGUA